AGCUGACCACCAGCAACAUGAAGAUCCUGAUAAUCACUGUUGCAUUAUUGAAAUUGGUGGUAGACGGUGAAAGUUUUCUAAUAGAAGAACCCUGGGAUAACAGUUACAUCUUUGAUGACGAUGUGUCCUCGGCACGAGACGAAUGCAUUCAAGGAUUGUGUCUGCCGUUUAAUGAAAAGCGUAACAUCAUUUCCGGAGAAUCUAGAAGAGGAUUACAAUCAAGGCCAGAGAACUAUUAUUAUACUUCGUCGUUGUCAUCGUCAUCAUGCACCUGCUGCACGCAGGACGGGGAGGUGGAUCUUGGCGAAGGACACUUUCCGAGAAUUCUGGCAAAAGGGGAGUGCGAAGAACAUUCUUCUACUCCGUUUAAACAGUGCGAAAAUAUGAAAUAUACAGUGUACGUUUUGAAGCGACUGGGCUCUAAUAACAGUACUGAAGUGAGCGACAUAAAAUUCGAAAAAAUUAAUCCUGUACCUGACCUCCUCUAUGGAAACUGGCGGCUCGCAUCAAUGGUAAUCAACGUCGCCUGUAAGCAGGUGAAGAAUAAGCAAACCUGA